AUGUCUUCUUCUUCAUCAUCUCGUCGUUCAUCAACUUCUUCGACUAAUCCAAAAAUAUCCAAACUUCAAUUAAAUUCUAUUCAGAAUCUUCAAGCUGAAAAUGUAUGUCUCCGACAAGAAAUAAUUGCUCUACAAAAAAUUUUUUCAAUACCAAUUGAUGAAAAUCAUCGUUAUACACAUUUUCGUUAUCAAAUUUAUUCACUUGAAAAACAAGUUGCUUUACUAACACGUUUACUCGAUUGUAAAAGAGAAGCAGUAGCAACAUGUGAAACAAUUCUUUUAGAACUGAAUCAAUUUUUAGGAGAUCUCAAAGGUAAAAUUUCUCGUAAGGAACGUAUUGAUGAAAUACUCAUACAGACAUGGAUUGAUCGAAUUGAAAGUAAUCGAAAAAAAUCAUUCAAAUCAAUGCAGGAUCAUGCAAGUCUAUCGGAUAGUGAUACUCUAUAUGCACCUAAUAGUAUAAAAUUUAUUAAUCACGAGCCAAUUCAUCUUCUUGAUGUAUGUUCAGGAAAAAUCGAACAUCUUAAUUUGAAGAAUAUUGCUAAUUUAGAGAGUUCAUUAUAUAAUCUUCAUGCUGAUCUUCGCUCAUUUCAAAAUGAAUUACUUGAUCAAACAAAUCAUUCAAUUUUUCCUGAUCUUAAUAAAAAUUUAAUUAAAUGUUCACAAGAAUUAUCAAAUAAAAUAAAUAUUACAACUAAUGAACUUUUUUAUUUAUCAAUUCUUGUUCCAACCAGACAUCAAAAAUGUUUAUUUGCUCCUGAACAAAUAACAACAGAUCUAAUUUGUCAACGAAUUAAUUCUCAAUUUCGUUUAUCACCUAAUAUAAAACUUUAUUUACAAUCAAUCAUAGAUUCACUUAUAUGUUCAUUUAAUCAUGAAAUAAAUUUACUAAAAUUAGAAUUAAAUAUAAAAAAUAAACAAUUAUCAUUUUAUCGUCAUUCAUUAACUAAUAUUCAUUGUCAAUAUAUACAAAAUUUAAUUCAAAUUCUAUCAACUGGACAACAAUCAUUUAAUAAACAAUUACAAACACAUCUUUAUGAACCAUUAGUAAAUAUAAUAAAAGAAUUCAAUCGUAUGAAUAAUGAAAAAACAGAUAAUUCAUUAAAAUCAUUUUUAUUUACAUUUAAAAUUCAUAUUGAUCAAUUCAAUGAAAUUGUUCAUGAUCUUUAUCAACAAAUUACUGAUGGUUCAAAAGCUGUUGAUCAAUUAUUUAUUGAAACAAAUGAACAAAUGUGGAAUGAUAUUGAAAAACAACAAAAACAAUUACUUGAUGAUAUAUCAUCAAUAAAAAAAGAACAAAUUUUAACUGAUGAACAAUCAUUUGACAAACUUUCUCAUUUAUUACAAACUUUUCAUGUAGAAAAAAAAGUCUAA